AUGUCAAUACCAAUUAAGGGCAGCCGUACUGAGAAGAACCUUGCUAUUGCUUUUGCUGGUGAGAGCAUGGCUAGAACUCGCUAUACAUUCUUCGCUAGCAAGGCAAAGAAGCAAGGAUUCGAGCAAAUCUCUGCUAUCUUCCUUGAAACAGCUGAAAAUGAGAGAGAACACGGUAAGAUUUUCCUUAAAUUCCUCAAGGAAGCUAAUCCAGAAGUCCAUGUUCAAAUGACAAUUCCUUCUUAUACAAUCGGAACAACUCUCGAGAAUCUUAAAUAUGCUGCACAUGGUGAAAAUGAAGAAUGGACAAAAACAUACCCACAUAUGGCCGAUAUUGCCGAAGAAGAAGGCUUUACAGAGAUUGCUAACAAAUUCCGCUUGAUUGCUCAAGUUGAGAAGGAGCAUGAAGCUCGUUUCGCUCUUCUUGCUCAGCAGGUUGAAACAGGAACUGUUUGGAAGAAGACUCGUGUUGUUCAAUGGAAGUGCCGUAACUGCGGCUAUACAACAGAGGCAAUAGAAGCUCCAAAGGAAUGUCCUGUUUGCGGACAUACACAAAGUUUCAUGGAAAUCAAAGAAGUUCUUGAGUAA